ACAAUAAUAUUAUAACCAUGAGUAUAAUAUUAUAUUGGUAACAAACAGACAUAUAACGCUGAUAAAAGGUAUUUUAAACUUAUAUUACUUAUGCACUAAAAUCAUUGUUAGUGUAGUAAAUUGUAAAUUUUAAAUUAAAUUGAAAACCAGAAGACCAUAAUUCCAACCUUGGUCUUAGGCGAUUUCCAGAGUAUUAAUAUACGAUUAUAGUUUUAACAGUCUUUUAAAAUCGUUUUUUUUUGUUUUUUAAACACACUGUUUACAAUAACGUAACGCUUAAACGUAUAAAAUAAUAUAUUUAGUAGUUUGUUCGAAACGACGUCAUCGGCGCGAAAACGCAUAAAACAAACACAUAUAAAUAAAACGUAGGUAAUAAUAACCGAAAUAAACGUUAAAAAUAAACGACGCACAAAAGACAUCCGCCAUACCAGCUAAUACGGUUUUAAUCGAUAUUAUCGAAAAAAAAAACAAAAAACAAAAAAACAAACGGUGCAGCAGAAUGUUAUCGAAGAUUUACGCCGUCGUCGCCAGAAAUAUUCGAUUCGCGGCUACAGCUCCCUGCAGACGCUCGCACGGCGACGUUUUCCGCGAUUUCUGCAGGAGACCGGCGAGCGACUAUUCGCAGAUGCACCGUUUGCGCACGGACGCCGAACAGGUGGGCCGGAAGUUCGAGGUGUCCGACGACGAGCUGACGGAAGUGACGCGCCGCAUGUCGGGCGCCAUGGAGUUGGGCGUACGGCGUUCCAGGUGGCUCGCGAGCGGGUCGUCCGCGAUGGGGUGCUGGGACACGCGGGUGCCGUACCCGUGGCCGUCCGCGGCCCCCGUCCACCGGUUUCUGAGCGCGGACCUGAGCCGCGGCGAUCGGUUCCGAACGGAACUGACGACCACGUUAAGACGCCUGGACGCGUCGUGGACCGUGUCCAACGUACACCCGCUGACGGCCGACGACCUGAGGACCGGCAACGUAGCGGCCGAUCUGUUCGGUCGCGUGGCCGGCGAGCUGGCGGCGUUGGCCGAAACGCGCGGCCUCGGACGGGCCGGACUUCCGCUGGCGCUCACGCUCGGCUUUCCGGUCGAGCACGGCGGGCCCCUGGGCGGUCCGGCCAGCCUGCUCCGGUGGACCAAGGAGUUGGGCGGCGGCCGGGCGGACGGGGCGCGGGGCGUCGUCGACGUGGCGGCCGAGUGGCGGAAGGCCGCGGCCCGGGCCGGCGUGGCCGCGGGCCCGGUGGUCGUGCUCAACGACGCGUGCGUGGCCAUGAUGAAGGGGCCGCCGAGCGCGCGAGUGGCCAUCGUCGUGGACGACGGCUGCAACUGCUGUUACGUGUCGGAAUUCGGCCGCAACGUCGUCAACACCGAAUGGGGAGCCUUCGGCGAGGACGGAACCCUCGACCACUUGUUGACGGAGUACGACCGCCGGCUGGACGCCCGAUCCCGCGAUCCCGGCAAGCAGAUUUACGAGAAAAUGACUUCAGGCAUGUACAUGGCCGAGUUGGUGCGCGACAUGGUUUUGACGAUGGCCUCCAACGGGGUGCUGUUCGGCGGCGUCACGACAAAAGCCAUGAUCACCGAGUACGCUCUCCAGGCCAAACACCUGUGGCUGGUCGAGUCGGACGGCCGGUUUUUGGAGCCCCGCGGCGGCAACGACGACGACGCCGCCCGGAUCGUGCUGACCGACGUGCUGGACGUGUUCGGACCGUCGGACAUGGACUGCGAGCUGUUCCGGUACGCGUGCCGGUGCGUCACCACGCGGUCCGCGAACCUGAUCGCCGCCGGGCUGUCGGCCGUGCUGGAGAGGACCGGUCUGCCCGUCCACGUGGUCCUGUCCGGGUCCGCGUUCAAGACGCACUCGUCGUACGCGCUCGCGGUCGGCGCCAAGGCGCGGCGUCUGACGGCCCAACAGAAACCGUUCACGUUGCUGACCGCCGACGAUAGCGUCGACGUGACUCGAAUUUUGGCCGGCGUGUUGGCCACGAUCGCGGAAAAACCGACGUGAACUCCAAAAAUCGCGUCUUUUUAAAAUGGUUUAUUGUGUUUGCGAAUAUACGUAAAUAGAUCGGAUCGGUCAAACGGAUAAUAACGCAAUCAUAAUAAUAUUUUACCUACCGCUUUUCAGCUCGUCGUCUACUGCACUACUACUACAACAGCCUUAUAAUAAUAUUCGAAGAGUUAUAUUUUAAUUAUUAUUAUUACGUUUUCGUUUUUUUCGUUUU